AUGGAUUUUCUUGGUUGGUUUCAUCAGGGUGAUUCUGGGCAUGCACCGGAUAUUCAUAGCUUCCUGGUUUUGGCUUGGAAUGCUAAGUUCAGUUCUCAAGUGAACUCCUUUUGGAAGUUAGGUGUUUUGUCGAUUCUUUGGCGUAUCUGGGAGGGGAGGAACCGAGCUAUUUUCAAUGAUGAGAGUUUCGAUCCAAGGGCUGUGAUGAGCUUCGUUAAAGUGGCGUUUAAGGAGCUCGAUGCGUCAUCGUUUAAAAUCGGUUCGGUUUCGAAUUCUUGGCGGGAUUAUUUGAUCACCCGUAGUCUUGGUGUUGUUUCUCGUGCGUCUCCGCCUCCGUUAAUGAUUGAGGUGUAUUGGUGGCCUCCUGUUGGCCAGUGGAUCAAGGUCAAUACUGAUGGUUCGGCUGCGGGUUCGCCAGGUGCUAUUGCAGCUGGUGGUCGUGGUUAUGCGUUUGAGGCUGAAUUACAUGCGGUUAUUACUGCGAUUGCGAUUGCUCAUGCUCGGGGUUGGAUGUUUCUUUGGAUUGAGGCGGAUUCGAUGUAUGUGGUAAAUCUGUUAAGCUCUCGUGCCCGGGAUGUUCCUUGGAGAUUUGUGGCGUCUUGGAACCGCACGCUGCAUCUUCUUACGGAUAUGCAGAUUAUGGUUUCUCACAUUUACCGGGAAGGUAAUGUUGCGGCUGAUAUUAUGGCUAAUCCUGAUAGGUCGGAAGGAUGGUGGCCUCAUGCGAUUGAUGAUGUCAGGAAGGCUGUUGCUUUGGAUAUGGCCACUCACAGUUUUGUUCGUGUUCGUGGUUGA